UACACUUUUAACAUGAAUUCUGAAAAUAAAGGUUUUGCUAGCUUUCAGACCGGAUCCUGAGUAACUGCAAAAUGAAAAGGGUUUUCCAGCGAUAUCUUUUCUAUCUAACCAUGAUCAGGCCAUAAGGACCUUCCAGUUCAGCCAAACAGCGGUCACAGUGGUGUCCUGCAUCAGCGACUGAAUGACACAAGGAAGCGCAGCACAGCAUAGUCUGAAACUGAGACAGCGGCAGCAGAACAAGCAGAGAGGGUCUGGCCCUAGCACUGAAAUAGGAGUGGGCUACAGUAUCCGUUUUAUUGAGGCUUUCCACUCUGGUUAACAAGUCAUGGUUCACAGAAACUACUGACAUUCAGAGGCGACUUUGCACCUUUGAACGUGAGAUGAUGUGCUUCAUAGAAUCGGGACUCAUGGCUAUUCGAAGACCAUUACAUUCUUGAUGGCAGCCUUCACUAGGAGAACGUUAUCGCUCGGUAGAAAUCUUUGUAAUAAAUCUAUUACAGGAAGAAUGUAGCCUUCUACUAUUGACCUUUGUCAUUCCAUGGUUGCUGAUAAGUCAUCACAAAAAAUAUUAGCUGUGGUUCAGCUCCGGUUGUGUUACCAUGAGUAGUACUGUUCAAUCUGAAAACAGGAGCUUGCUGCUGGGAGUUCUCACAGGAGCUGCAGGAGUUAGCAUUACCUGGUUGUGGUGGAGACAGUAUAGAAAACAUGGUCUUCAUCUUGGCUUGGGUGAGAAUUGGUCAUCUGGGACACACAACCAAGUUCAGGACAACCAAGGGGCUGUCAUGGUCCUUCAGGGCAGUCAGCUGCAAAUCCUGGAGAAACUGGGGAGCCUGCUGAAAAGUGUUGAGGAACUUAAGGAUGAGGUGAAAUUUCUGAAAGAAACCAUUCCUAAAUUAGAAGAACAGAUCAAGGAUGAGCUAAGAGGCAAGAAUGAUGGGAGAAAGGUCAGUCCCCAGCACAGAAGUCUGAAGAGAAAGAAAAGUGAGACUUCAAAGGCAUCGGGCGAGUACCCAAGUUCUGAGGAGGCAGAAAGUGAAGGAGGAUAUAUCACUGCUCACACUGACACAGAAGCAGAAUCGGAGGAUGAGCCUGGAGUAGGCACUAUCACAGCGGAGACUGAUAAAAUUACCAAAGAGGAAGCUGAGCUACGAUCUCUUCUCCAACAAACAGAUACCAACCACAAUGGCUCCGAGUCAGAGAAGCAGGAAGGCUUCAGAAUGUUGCUUAACAAGCAGGAAAAGUAUGGAAAUAAAGUAGAAUUUCUUUGGAGGCUGGCGCGGGCGUACAGCGACAUGUUUUAUCUCACUGAUAAUGUGGAAGAAAAGAAAAGCUAUGCUGCUGACGGAAAAAGUGUUGCGGAAAAAGCUGUUGAACUAGAUGACAAGAUCGCUGCUAGUCACAGAUGGUAUGCAAUUAUGUGUGGAUACAUGUCUGAAUAUGAGAAUGUGCAGAAUAAAAUCAAGAACGGCUAUCUCUUUAAGGAGCAUUUGGAUAAAGCAAUACAUCUCCAUCCAGAAGACCCUCUUCAAUACUACCUCUUAGGCAGAUGGUGCUAUGCUGUUUCUCAGUUGUCCUGGAUUGAGAGAAAGGUUGCUGCUACUCUCUUUGGAAUUCCUCCCACUUCAACAGUUCAAGAGGCCUUGCAGAAUUUUCUUAAGGCUGAAGAAAUACAUCCUGGCUACUCCAAAUACAACUAUGUAUUUCUGGCAAAGUGCUACAAGGACCUAGGACAGAAAGCUCUUGCACUGAAAUACUAUGACGAAGCAUCAGCUAUUCCUUCUAUUACUAAAGAGGAUAUUGAUGCCCAAAAAGAUUUGGAAGCCUUGGCUGUGUCCCUGAAGCAGUGAGAUGAACAAAUUCUGAAUAACUAUUUAUAACUUAGGAUCAAAUAACUCUCCGAUAUAUCAUGCAAAUUAUGUUUUUAAUAGUCUAAAAUGUUAGAUUAUGAUUUAUAGACUACUGACCUGUUUCAGAAUAACUUAUUCUAAACUUAUUUUAUGACUGUGACUUAAAAGCUAUGCACACCUUCACAACCUUUUUUAUGCAAAGUAGAGAAAAAUAGCAACUAGUCUUAAAUAUCUUACCUGUUGUUUUUGUAUACGGCUACUCUGAGAGAAUUUGUGUCUGGUGUAACAAAAUACAGACUAACUGAAGAGAAGUAUGAUAUGUUCACAUCUAUCGGUCUAUCUACCGUAUUUUUCGCCCUAUAGGAUGCAUCGGCAUAUAAGACGCACCCUAUUUUAAAGGUGCAAAAUCUAGAAAAAAAAAGAUUCUGCACCCAACAGGUAUCUUCAACCUGCGGACCUCCAGAUGUUGCAAAACUACAAUCCGGGCAUGCUGGGAGUUGUAGUUUUGCAACAUCUGGAGGUCUGCAGGUUGAAGACCACUGGUAUAGGAGGUAAUACUCGCGUGUCUCCGCCGCUCCGGACCCGUCAACGCUGCCCUGGAUGUCGCUCCAUCGCUGUCGCCGCGUCUCCGUGGUGUCCCUGACGCUCCGGACGUCUUCUUCCCUGGGAUCCACGGUCGCCGUCAUCACGUCGCUACACACGCCGCUCCUAUUGGAUGACGGGACAGCGCGCGCGACGACGUCUAAGGAGAGCGCCGGCCAUGCAGUGGAUCCCGGCACAGAGCAGACACCGAGGAGGCAGGUAAGGUCCCUCCCAGUGUCCUGUAAGCUGUUCGGGACGCCGCGAUUUCACCGAGUUGCCCGAUUCUGUUUAUAUAGUUGUAGAUCUGUUGAUGCUCUGGAGUUUGUGGUCAGGGGUCAACAGUUAAGGCCAUUGCACUGGAGGUAUAUUUUAGUUUUUUUUUUUCAAUCCGCUCAAGAUGUUCACACCACCUGACUUCCCCCCUCAGCCGGUGAUGUUUUUUACCCCCUACACAAGUCACAUGAUUGUCUGAGCGACAGCAUGGGCCCUCAUUGGGAGAGGAGGAGAAAAAGAAGAUAUCCACAUCUGGUCAGAGUAGUCGUACAGACAAUAUGCGUUUUGGUGCAGUAGAUCUUCCUCAACUUGACCCAACAACUACACCUACCUGUCUUCCUCUACCCCUUGAACAUACUUAAUAUAGUGUUGCUUGUAUUCAGAUUCACUUUACUAUACCCCCCCCCCUCCCCCACCGUUUAUGAAGUUUUAGCUAUGUUUACCUUUGUGCAUAUAGGCCUUUGUUUUACUUUUGCUCUGUUUUGUUUCUCUCUUUUGUUCAGUAAACAAAUUUGAUUGAAAAAAUAGGUAAGAAACAAGUGACAGAAGGGUUGCAAUAUGGCUACAGAGACUACAUACAUAGGAACACAACCGUAGGGAUUUCAAAUGCAAACUAUUUGUAAAGUGGAUUUAUUUUUGAAAGCAUAAAAUGAAUUUGUGAUGGUGGACAUAGCCUCUAACUUGUGUUUCUAAAAAGAAAAUAACACUGUAGUAUAUUUAGAGAUUAAAGUACUCAUUAAAAUUAAGAAACCUGCAUGCAUACAUUACCUCCAAGACUGUACUCUUAUGUCUGUAUAUACUGAUAAAUUUUAUGAAAGAAGAUUAAAAGGAUCAGGAUUUUUGGUAUAAGCAAUACUAAGAACUUGUAUUGAAGAAGCACAAUAAACAUAUUUUGUGUUAAAAA